CUUGUUUACCAUUUACGCUGUGCGGUAUUGCUUGUGUUUUUGUUAAUUCGAAAAGGUCGUACAAGUGAUUGAAGAGUUGGAAAUUCGUUUUUUACUUAGUUCUACGUUUUAAAAACUAUUAUUUGUGUGUAUUAUAUAUGUGGAGAAUAGUGAACAAAGACAAUAUUAUUGUUUAAGGCAAAAUAAUCUUGUGAGACUUUCAAGGUGCAUGUAGUAUAUGUCCAAAAAUCAAAAUGCCUGGUACACGUUGUGCUGUGUAUGGUUGUGGUAAUACCUAUAAAACAAGGCAGCAAGAACAUGAAUAUUUUAUAUUUCAUCGGUUUCCCAAAGCUAAAGAUCUUGUUUCCCAAACUAUGAGAAAAGAAUGGAUAUUACGAUGCAAACGGGAAGAUAAAUUUAACCCUGAUACUAGCUACAUCUGCUCAGUUCAUUUCACAGAAAAGGAUUAUGAAAGAGACUUACAGAAUGAAUUAUUAGGUUUACCACUACGAAAAAUAUUGAAAAAAACCGCUGUUCCUACUUUGGGAUUGUAUUCAAAAAAAUCAACAAGUGAAGCUAGUAGUUCAAGCAUCAGUUCCAGAGAAGAAAGACUGGCCAAACGAAAUGCAAAGGAGGAAGUGAACAAAUACAGAUCAUUUUAAAAAAUAAUUCAUUUUCUUUAAUUUCUUUUCUUCAUUGUAUACCUAUUAUAAAUGGAACUUAAAAUUAACUGAAUAA